AUGCAUCAUCCAGGAAACGCCACCUCCCCGGCGAGCCGCAGCCAGGGUGUUGUGUUCACGUGGGGAUCAGUUUACGGUGUGGAAAUUAAACCCGGGGUGCAGCUUUUCAGAGCCGUGCUGGGGACAAGACCCUUUGGGACCCCCGACCCUUUGGGACCCACCACCCUUUGGGACCCCCGCAUCCCUUGCAGGUGGGGGUGCGAGCUGGCUGGGACCCCCGCACUGACUGUAAAUUCUUCUCUUUUAGCUCAGGGUCAUGGUGCCAAAGGGGACAACAUCUAUGAAUUUCAGAUCGAGUUCCUGGAACUGGUCGAGCCUAAACCUGUGUGCAGGGUGACCCAAAGGCAGCUGAACAUCACCGUGCAGAAAAAAGAGAGUAACUGGUGGGACCGCUGGCUGGAUGAGUCGGAUGCUGAGAUGGAACUGAAGGAGAAGGAAGAAGAAAAGAUUAACAAAAUGAAAAUAGAAUCCAGAGUCCCAAAAGACCCUUUCAAACACCUGAAGAAGGGCUACCUAAUCAUGUACAACCUCGUACAGUUCCUGGGAUUCUCUUGGAUUUUUGUGAACAUGACAGUACGACUCUUCAUCUUAGGAAAAGACUCCUUCCACGACACGUUUCACACGAUUUCCGACAUGAUGUAUUUCUGCCAGACCCUGGCGCUGAUGGAGAUCGUGAAUUCCCUGAUAGGACUGGUCCGGUCGCCGCUGAUACCUGCUGUGGUGCAGAUAUUUGGAAGAAACUUUAUUUUGUUUGUUGUCCUUGGCAGCUUAGAGGAAAUGCAGAGCAAACCUGUGGUGUUCUUCAUCUUCUAUUUCUGGAGUAUCAUUGAGUUGUUCAGGUAUCCCUAUUACAUGCUGUCGUGUAUUGGUAUCGAAUGGAAACCGCUAACCUGGCUCCGGUACACUACCUGGAUCCCUCUCUACCCUUUAGGAGGCUUAGCAGAAGCUGUCUGUAUCAUUCAGUCCAUUCCAAUCUUCAGUGAAACAGGGAAAUUCAGCCUGGGAUUGCCAAAUCCGCUGAACGUCACAAUCCAGUUCUCAUUUUUGCUUCAGCUAUACCUUAUAGCCUUGUUUUUAGGGGUAUUUGUAAACUUCCGUCAUCUCUACAAGCAAAGGAAACAGCACCUGGGACCAAAGAAGAGAAAGAUGAAGUAAAGGAGGACUGCAGUGCUUUCUUAAAUAACUUAUCUCAAUGACAAGAUAAGCCUCUAAUUCUUACAGUUUUACCCACUGUAAUGUAAAGAAUUUUGUAAAAUGAAAUGAUCAAGCUAGAUUUCAUG